AUGACAUCUCAACCGCUCAACUUGAAGUCACAGCCUAUAACAGUGUGUGUUACCUUACUUACCAUAUCGACUUCACCUGACAUUAAGGCAAAAUUUCAAAGUGACACAAGUCUGGUCCUAAGCUGUAAUUAUUCAAAGGAACCUGGAGAAGCAAUUUCAGAUAGGGAAAUUAAAUGGCAAAAGAAAAUAGGAAAUAAUUUCGUGGAUCUAGCGGUUUUUUCCCCUCCUGGCGGAAAAGAACCAUUUAUUCCUCUGAACAGGACUUCAGCCCUUGCAAAUAGAACGAAACUUAUCGCACCAAAUGUAUCCUCCAGUGCUACAAUGAUAAUAAAAGAAGUUGUCUGCAGUGAUGAGGGAUUGUACCAAUGCUGGAUAGAGUACUUUGUUAAUUACGAAGAGAAACAGAUGAAAAGCGUAACUUCGGUUACUUUUGAAGCUGAAGCAAAGAAACCAACACAUUUUGUCUUUAAUGGACAGAAUCAAUUAGAGGAGAAUCAAUCAAUACAAUUAAAUUGUGCUGCUGAUGUUGGAAAUCCAACAGGAAGCAUUAAAAUUUGGAAAAUUCCUGAGAAAACAAAUAUUCCAGAAAUCGUGUAUACCUCAAACUUUACAAACAAUAAGACAAAGAAAUGCACUACUUUUCUUGACGUAAGCAUAGAAUACAAAGUUUCACGAAAUGACAAUGGUUCAAAAUUCCUUUGUUCAUCACAAAAUAAUCUUACACAGGAUCCAGGGCCAAAGAGAUACUUGCAGAAAAUAUCGGUGCUUUAUGGACCGGGGACACCAAUAAUUAAACGUUCACCAUUCGAAACAAUAUACUAUGCUGGUGAUGAUCUAAAAUUGGAAUGUUUUUCUGACAGUAAUCCGCCCCCGCUAUAUAACUGGGCUUUUCAAUCUACCAACAAUAGUGAAGAAAUAUACUUCAUAAGUAACAGUCGGCUAACUUCAUCACCAAAUGUAAAUCUCAAUAAAAGUGUACAUAAACAUCCUAUAAAAUUAACCAAUAUGGACCAGACACUCCAGUCAUUGAACUGUCAAUGUAUAAUGUUGGAGACGAUCUAA